CAAUGACUAUGUAGGAGGGAAGGUUGACUUCUACGAUAACGUAGACAAGGACAGGAUGUCCUUAGUAGAAGUUGAUGACAUGGUUAGGCAGCUUAAUCAAGGCUAUUAUGAUCAGAGAAUUGACUAUUGGUAUAGGGUGGGUGAUGAGCAUAAUCCAUUGACCAAACUGGAAUCCGACAGUGAUGUUGUGACAAUGUGUAAGGCAGUGCCCCUGGUUAGGAUAAUUACACUGUACUUGGAUCACAUGGAGGUUAAGGGUAUUUUUGAGGAAGAUGAUGACGACAUCUACAUAUACGAAGACUUCUUAUUUAGUCAAGGCAGCAGUGUGGUGAUAGAGGAGCUGUCUGAUGAGCCUAGGAAGCCUCGAAGUUGUGUCAUCAAGGAGCUGCCAGCUGAGCCUAGACCAAGCAGAAGCAAGGGGGUGAUUAUUAAAGAAAUUGAUGAUGUGUGUCCUACUACUCAAGGAAGUUGUGUUGCUGGAGGAGAUGCAAAAGACAAGGGUAAAGGUAAACUCCUGGAUGAAAGGUCAGUUAAAAAACCAUUGUUGUUGGAGUAUCCUGGAUUUGGUGUACCAUGUAGUUCAGGUGGGGUAACUGGCAGUGGUGUAGGGUCUAGCAGUUCAGGUGGUGUGCAGUGCAGUGACAAACUGAUAGAUGAUAUGGAUUAUCUUCAAUCUUUCGGGAUUGAGCCGGAAGAGUUGAGUGAGGAUGGGGAUAGUAGUACAGAUGGUGAUUAUGAUCCACAAUUUGAUGACGAAGACUACGAGCAUUAUGGUACUGAUGAGGAGGACUGGUUGGAGGAAGCCCAGUUAGAUGAGGCUACGAAGGGUAAGGGUUCAGGGGUAGGAAGUAGUGGUACUAGUGGUUUAGGGUCUAUUGCACCUGAUAUGGGGGAUGAUGAUGAUGAGGAUAUGUAUAGGGUUGAUGAUUCUGAUGAAGAAAGGAUGCAACAUGCAAUUGAUUCAGAUGGGGAGUUGGAGGAAGUUGGUAUAGAAUUCAACCCAAGCACGGAUAUGAAGAAACCCAAUUUCUGUUUAAAGAUGCAAUUUGCAACUGUACAGAUUUUGAGGGAUGCAUUGAGGGAGAAGGCAAUCCAAGGGGGGUGGGAGUAUGUCUACAUAAAGAAUGAUAAGACAAGGUUGAGGGUGGUCUGUAAGGAAAACAACUGUCCUUUUGAGUUGUUUGCUUCCAAGAUGCAGCAUGAAAGCACCUUGAUGAUAAAGAGAUACAAUCCCAUGCAUAACUACUAUAGGAAGUUUAACAACAGCAUGGUGCGGCAGAAAUACUUAACAACCAAGUUCAAGGAUCAAAUUGCUCUUAAUGAAGCCAUAAAACCAGAGAAUUUGGCUAAGACUAUGUCAGCAAGCAUUAGGGCAGGUGUUUCCAAAAGUAUGGCCUAUAGAGCAAAGAGAGCUGCAUUGUUAGAGGUAGAAGGGGGCAUCAAGGAGCAGUAUGCAAGGCUGGCUGAUUAUGGGAAGGAACUUCAAAGGGCUGAUCCAGGAACCACAAUUGACUUGGUUUGUGACUUCAGCAACUCCGAGAAGGCAGCUGUUUUCAAGAGGUUGUACAUUUGCUUGGGAGCUUUGAAGAAUGGAUUCAAGGCAGGUUGCAGAUCAUUGAUUGGUUUGGAUGGAGCUCAUUUGAAGACAUGUUUUGGUGGCCAACUGCUAACUGCUGUCGGAAUUGAUGCUAACAACAGUUCAUGGGUUGUUGCUUAUGCAAUGGUUGAGCUGGAGACAAAGGACUCUUGGAUUUGGUUUUCACAGUUGUUGUGCAAGGAUCUGAGCUGUGAGAAUAAUGGUAGAGGCUGGAUAUUCAUAAGUGAUAAGCAAAAAGGUUUGAAACCUGCAUUACAAGAGGUGGUUCCAUCUGCACAGAUCAGGUUUUGUGCACGACAUUUGUGGACUAACUUCACCAAGAAGUUUCCUGGAAAAGUUAUGAAAGAUCAGAUGUGGAAGUGUGCAAAGGCAACAACUUUGCCUUAUUUUCAGAAGGAGAUGGAGGAGAUGAAGACCCUUGAUAAGGAUGCUUAUAAAUGGUUGUCAGAGCCCGAGAGGCCCCCAAAACAUUGGUCAAGGGCAUACUUCCCUGCUGGUUAUGAUUGUGACAUGCUCAUCAACAAUGGUUGUGAGAGUUUCAAUGCAUUGAUCUUGGACGCAAGGGGCAAGCCCCCUGUCACUAUGUUGGAAGAGAUAAGGCUGAAGCUAAUGAGGAGGAUUCGUACUCGAAGGGAUAAAAUGGAGGCUUACCAUGGAAAUGUAUGCCCCAAAGCAAGGAAUAUCAUUGAGAAGAAUAAGGUGAAAGCUGCGGAGGAUUGCAUCCCAACAUUCAAUGGUGGUGGCAAAGCUGAGAUUGAAAAUAUUGAAGGCACCAAAAAUGUUGUGGACACUAACUUGAGGACUUGCACUUGCCGAAGAUGGGAAUUAACCGGCAUCCCUUGCAAACAUGCCAUUUGUGCAAUUAAUGGCAUGAGGGCUGAACCCGAUGACUACAUUGCUCCUUGCUAUCUCAAGAAGACGUACAUGAGUAUCUACAGUCACCUCAUUCAGCCAGUUAAUAGCAUGGACAUGUGGUCCAAUGGUGAUGGUCCAAGUAUCCUACCUCCACAAUAUACAAGGCAGCCUGGUAGGCCGAAGACAAAAAGGAUUAAGGAUGUUUCAGAGGUGGUCAUCAAUGGUACUGGAAAAAUUGGAAGAAUACAAAGAUCCCUCAAGUGUAGCAACUGUGGCCAAGAAGGUCACAAUAUGAAAACCUGUCAAAGACAUUUGCCAAGUAAGGGAAAGAAGACUUCAGCUGCCGGUAUUAAGAAGAGGAAGCUCAACACUAAUGAGGGAGAAACUUCCCAAAAUAUGUCAAAGAAAGGACAAAAAGCACCUAUGACUGCAAAUGAGUUGAGGCAAAAAGCCAAGGAGAAGGUUGAGUAUCAAAGGAAAAAGAUGGCUAACUUGAGGGCAGCAAGGCUUGAUGCAAACAGACCUGCAAGAGGAAGGCCUCCAAAAUCUAGUAGUGAAAAUACAAGACCAAGGCCUCCAACUGCCCCAAAUGCCUCUACAACAUCAAGACCCGUACAAGCUACAUCUGCCAGCAUGAGUUCAAGGCCUGUACAGCCUUUUACGGCAUCAAGAGACAAGGUUGCAACACCAUCAAGGUCUUCACAAAGGAUCAAGAACAAUUCAGGUAAAGGAGAUGGAAAUUAGUUAUUGAAAUGGAAUAUUAGACAUCCUCUUGUUUUGGGCAACCUUGUGCUGUGUCACUUGGUUGCUAGCUCUAAUCUUUUGAUAAGAUGAUUAGAGCUAUGUUAGUUUUCUGAACCAUUGAGGAUGUAAUGCUCUAAUUUUUGUUUUUGGUUAAUUAGAGCUUUG